CUCUUCUCUUCUCUUCUCUCGAUCUUCUUCGUUGUUACAGCAAGCGAAAGAGCUCAGAGGAACUUGGGAGAUCGGCGAGGGAUGGGGAUCACAGUGGAAUCGAGCGGCAAAGAUGAAGCAGCAGGGCUUGUGGUAUCAUUCGGAGAGAUGCUGAUCGACUUCGUCCCUGACGUCGCCGGCGUUUCUCUCGCCGAAUCCAAAGGCUUUUUGAAGGCUCCCGGUGGCGCUCCGGCCAAUGUCGCCGUCGCCAUCUCCAAGCUCGGCGGCCACUCUGCCUUCAUGGGCAAGUUUGGUGAUGAUGAAUUUGGACAUAUGUUAGCUGAUAUCUUGAGAAAACAUGGAGUUGAAGAUGAAGGAGUGCUUUUUGAUCCUCAUGCUCGCACUGCUCUUGCCUUUGUGACUUUGAAGAGCAAUGGUGAACGUGAGUUUAUGUUCUAUCGAAACCCAAGUGCCGACAUGCUCCUGAAUGAGUCUGAGCUCAACCUUGAUCUCAUUCGUCGUGCAAAGAUCUUCCAUUAUGGCUCUAUUAGCCUCAUCUCUGAGCCUUGUCGGUCGGCACAUCUUGCUGCAAUGCGUGCUGCUAAGGAGGCCGGAAUUCUCCUCUCUUACGACCCUAAUGUGAGGCUUCCGCUCUGGCCUUCACAUGAUGCUGCUCGUGACGGUAUUAAGAGUAUUUGGAACGAAGCUGACUUCAUCAAGGUCAGUGAUGAGGAAGUGGCUUUCCUUACAAAUGGAGAUCCACAAGAUGAAAAUGUUGUUCUAUCCUUGUGGUUCGAUGGCUUGAAGCUACUCAUUGUGACCGAUGGAGAGAAAGGAUGUCGAUACUUCACCAAGGACUUCAAAGGGAAGGUUUCAGGUUUUGCAGUGAAGACAAUUGAUACAACAGGAGCUGGUGAUGCCUUUGUUGGAGCACUCUUAGUUUCUCUAGCCAAAGAUAGCUCACUCUUUCAGAAUGAAGAGAAACUUCGAGAAGUACUUAAAUUCGCUAAUUCAUGCGGUGCAAUCUGCACAACUCAGAAAGGUGCAAUUCCUGCUCUGCCAACUCCAUCUAUGGCUCAAGAACUUGUCGCGACGGCGAAUUGAAAAGCUCAUUGUGUGCAGUAAGAAUAAAUUUAGUUUUAUGUUUGUUUGUUGUCUCUGCAAGUUUCUUCCGAAUGUCUUGUGAUGAAUGAUUUAUCUUCUUUAUUUGUAUCGCAAACAUGUUUAUGAACUUCUUGAUGUUAAGUUCAUCAUGUUAAUCUUUUGGGAAUGAUAAGUUGGCUCAAGGAAUCCAUUGCUUGCUCUAUAAA